GCAUCACUCUUGAUAAGGAAGGAAAAAAAAAAAAAAAAAAAAACGUUUUAUAUUAUUUUUUCCUUUUCCUUUUAAUUUUUAGAUUCUUAGAAAAAUCUCGGAAGAGUGAGAAAGAGGGCGUCUGAUUGGUAGGCGAGAAACGAUGCAGAAAAUGGCACAGGGUUGGUUCUCGGGGGGUACUGGAAGUGAGGUUACAGAGAAACCCUCCUCCUCUUUGCUCUCAGAUUGGAACUCAUAUACGGCUGCACAAGCUUCAGAAGACAGCUCCUCUCUGGGCCUCGGCUUCGAUCUCGAAUCUGCGGUUCGGUCCGCAAAUGACACCGUUUCUGGCACUUUUAACGUGGUUUCUAAAGGGGUUAGAGAUCUUCCUGGGAACUUCCAGUCUGCCACCAGUAGCGUCCCGUCAGGGAAAGCUCUCAUGUACUUUGGUUUACUUCUGGCAACGGGGGUGUUUUUUGUUUUCAUUGCAUUUACCAUGUUCCUUCCUGUCAUGGUGCUAAUGCCUCAGAAAUUUGCUAUCUGCUUUACACUUGGAUGUGGCUUUAUCAUUGGGUCAUUCUUUGCGCUCAAGGGUCCAAAGAAUCAGCUUGCUCACAUGUCUUCAAAAGAGAGACUUCCUUUUACAAUUGGAUUUAUAGGCAGCAUGGUUGGUACCAUAUAUGUUUCUAUGGUGCUUCACAGCUACAUUCUUUCUGUGGUCUUCUCUGUUUUACAGGUUCUUUCCCUUGCAUACUAUGCUUUUUCAUACUUCCCUGGUGGAGCGGCGGGUAUGAAAUUCCUAGCAUCCGCUCUAACCUCUUCAGUAAUGAAAUGUUUUGGGAGGUGACCACGUCCUUUGUUCACAUUUGUUGCCUUGUAUAUUUCGCUCAUGACUUUGAGAUUUUUGCCAAUUUAGUUGAAAUUUGGAAUUGCCUGAGAUAAAUUGUUGGGUUCAAGCCAUCGUAUUUAAACCUUCCAGAUUUCUAUGUUUCUCAGAAAGUCCUAGUGAAAAAAUGUAAAUGCGCAUUUCAUUUACCAAACAUUUUGUAAGGGUCAAUGAACAAAAAUAUUCUAUCAGUAUAAGGCUAUGUUGUUUUGCUCU